GGUCUACUGUGGCUACAGAAAUGGAUGUCGCGUCCACAUUUACAGUUCCCCGGUACUGCUCGCUGCCGUCUGCAGAAACACACAGCCUUCACAUAUUCUGCGAUGCGUCCCAGUCUGCAUACGCUGCUGCAGCAUACUUAAAAACCAGCGCUGAAGGGCGCGAUGUAUCUCACCUCAUCUUCAGCAAAUCCAAAGUCGCCCCCAUCAAACGACCAGAGACACUGACCAUACCAAGAAUGGAACUUAUGGCAGCAGCACUCGGCGCUAAAGUCGCAAGACACCUGACAAAGCAGCUAGAUCUAAAGUUCGAACGGGUCUGCCUGUGGCUUGACUCAACGUGUGUCCUGGGCUGGGUUCGAAGUACCAAGAAACUCCCCAGCUUCGUACAGAACCGUGUCAAGUAUAUCAACGAGUCAGGUGUUGAGUGCAAGUAUGUACCUACCUUCGAGAAUCCAGCCGACUUGCCUUCCCGUGGCAGUACCAUACAUCUCUCUGAGGAGUCGUUGUGGUGGCAUGGUCCUAACUGGCUUAUUGAUCCCUCUAUCUCCGAACCAGAGUUCCCAGGUACAUUCGCUCCUGCAUCUCAUGUACAGGGGGAGGGUCCUUCGGAAUUCGGUCCUGCUAGUGAGACUUCUUGCGACCGCUCAAAAAAAAAGGGAUGUGAACCCCCGUUUGGCAUUGACAUCACUAGAUUUUCGUCGUUGAGCAAACUGAUUCGAGUUACCGCAUGGGCAAGUCGUUUCGUCGAAAAAUGCCGCAAGCAAGAGAGAUGUCACAGUACACCCUGGCUCUCCUCUGAAGAGCUCCGCAAAGCUCACGUGACGUGGUUGAAGUUUGACCAACGCCAGCAGUACGCUCAGACUUACUCGGAUCUACAAGAUGGAAAAUCUAAUCAACUUAUUGUCUCUCUCCGUCUCUACACUCAUGAAGGAAUCAUCAGAUCUGCUGGGCGCCUACAGUUUGCAGACGUUCCUGAGUCGGCACGUUCGCCUAUCCUCCUGUCCAGCAGUUCUCACCUGACCACACUAAUAAUCAGUGAGACUCACCACAGUCUGAUGCAUGCGGGUGGUACCCACACAUUGGCAUCCUUGAGAAACCAGUACUGGAUCCCUCAAGGCCGACGCUCCAUCAAAUCUGUUCUGAAGAAGUGUGUGGUGUGCAGACGUCUGCAAGGUGGACCGUAUCAUCAGCCACAGAUGCCCCAGCUACCAUCACAGCGAGUAACAGCAGCUGACGCGUUUACUUUCACCGGACUCGACUAUUUCGGGCCAAUCUAUGUGCGCAACCCAGACAGCGAAGUAUCUAAGACAUGGGUAUGCCUAUUCACUUGUCUAGUGACAAGGGCAGUACACUUGGAGUUAGUGGAAAACAUGAGUGCGGAGCACUUUGUCCUCUGCCUCCGGCGCUUCACUGCAAGGCGUGGGGUUCCCCAGUUCAUUGUCUCUGAUAAUGCCCCACAGUUCAAACUGACGAAGUCCGCCAUCGACAAAGCCUGGUCGCAACUCGUCAUUGACCCUGAUGUGGUGCAUCACGCCACUUCGAAAGGCAUCUCGUGGCAAUUUAUUGUAGAAUCUGCACCAUGGAUGGGAGGCGUUUAUGAACGCAUGGUGGGUGUUGUGAAGUCAGCGUUGCGCAAGGCCAUCGGCAAUCGACGCCUGUUACCGACUCAACUCCUGACGGUACUCACUGAAGCAGAAGCGGUUGUCAAUAGUCGGCCUCUGGUGUAUGUAGGGGGUGACUCGGGUGACUGUGGGGUGAUCACACCCUCUCACUUUCUAUCUCUGAAACCUAGCUUAGGGUUCCCGCCUCUGUCUCCUACUCAUGAUGAAUUUGAUACUCAGUUUGUUCCCGAUUUGUCUUCUGCUGUUUCUUUGCUCCAGACGUGGAAGAGAGGUCAAGCGUUAGUGGACGCCUUCUGGAGCCACUGGAGGAAACACUACCUCCUCGCAUUGCGUGAACGAGCAGAUGCCCACAGCAGGAAACGUGGUGAACAUUCAAUGCAGCCUCAGGUUGGUGACGUGGUGAUAAUUGCUGAGCAACACAUGCCCAGAGCCUCAUGGAAACUUGGUCGAGUAGUGGAGGUGCACAGCAGCUCAGAUCAAGAGAUCCGAUCAGCCACGGUCAGAGUAACUGGAACAGACCGACGGAUUAGGAGACCUGUCACCUUACUUUACCCACUUGAGACCAUGCCAGAACCUGCAACACCACCGAAUAUUACACCACCAGCAGAACCUGCAGCUCCACGGACUCCGGUUACUAGUAACCCACAGCCAGUCGCCAGACCUACACGCCGUGCUGCUGACCGUUGUCGUCAAGGCAUCAAGGACAUGAAAGAUAAGGAUCUUGUCUGAUUCGUCGGACUAACAUUCUAGCAUUUCUUUCUCUCUCUUUCUGUCUUUGUGCCUCCGCUGACACUGAGUGCGUGUUGGUUAUUCGAUCGUGCGUACAAGCACAACUCAUUACUAUUCUCUCUUUCUGUCUUUGUGUCUUCGUCGACACACUUCCGAUUGCGAUUCUAUGUAUUUGCCCGUGUACUGACACGGUUUAUUGUUCCCUCUCCCUCUUUCUUAUUCUCUUGCCUGUGGGAGUGUCGCGAAUCUCACGACGGAGAUUCCGAAUUAUUUAUUUUUACGUAUUUUUGUGUAUUUUUUACGCAUGAGAUUUUUUCUUGCGUACAACCGCCAUGUUUAUUUUCUAUGGCAACGAGGUCAGCACACGAGGAAAGAACUCGGUGCUCCUUCGUCCACGUAGACAGAUAUAUUUUGCUUCCACUCGUUUCAGAGUUACAAAUGUAUGCUUCUCUCUCAGAUCAGUAUUUAUCCAGAGAAGUAUAUACUACUAGUAUCCAGAGAAGUAUUUACUAGUAGCCAGAGAAGUAUUUACUACUAGUAUCCAGAGAAGUAUUUACUAGUAGCCAGAGAAGUGUUUA